AUGAGCUUCAACUCAAAGGCCCUGCUUCUCACAAGCCUUGUAGGCUGUGCGUCAGCCAUACGCUUUGGCUUCGGUACCAACGAACAAACACCCCUCGUGGGAGCAGACGUUUCUGAUACAAAGCGCAACAAUGUCAUCUUCAUUCUCACCGACGAUCAAGAUCUCCACAUGAACUCAUUGGACUAUAUGCCACAUCUCCAGAGGCAUCUAGUUGAUCAGGGGACCUUUUACAAGCGACACUACACCACCACUGCCAUUUGUUGCCCGGCACGUGUGUCUAUAUUGACUGGAAAGGCUCCUCACAACACCAACGUUACUGAUUUAACUCCUCCAUACGGCGGCUAUCCCAAGUUCAUCCGAGAAGGACACAAUGACAACUACUUACCCAUCUGGGUACAAGCCGAAGGAUACAACACGUACUAUGCUGGAAAGCUGUUCAACUCGCACGCUGUAACCAACUACAACGACCCCUUCGUGAAAGGAUGGAAUCAAUCAGAUUUUCUCCUCGACCCAUAUGUUUACAUGUACCUCAAUGCCACAUUCCAACGCAACCACGAUCCUCCUGUCAGUCAUGAAGGAGAAUAUGUCACCGAUGUCCUCGCCAGAAAGACACAGGGUUUCCUUGACGAGGCACUCAAGGAGGACGCUCCGUUCUUUCUCACCAUUGCCCCAAACGCGCCGCAUAGCAAUGUUGACGCCAGCUUUGCCAAGAUCAACUUCACCGAUACCCCUCGAAACUGGACUUUCAAGAUGACCACUCCCAUCCCUGCCCCACGACAUGCACAUCUCUUCAAAGAUGUUGUCGUUCCCCGAACUGAGAACUUCAAUCCGGACUCCCAGAUCGUCCCGAGUUGGAUCCGUGACCAACCGAAGCUCACACAAGAAAACAUCGAUUGGAAUGAUGACUUUUAUCGCAAUCGUCUACGUGCUCUCCAAGCAGUUGAUGAGCUGAUUGACGAUGUCUUCAAGAAGCUGGAAGAUGCUGGUGUUCUGGACCAUACUUAUGUCGUCUAUACCACCGACAACGGUUUCCAUAUCAGCCAACAUCGUCUGCAGCCUGGCAAAGAGUGUGGCUAUGAAGAAGACAUCAACAUUCCUCUGAUCAUUAGAGGGCCUGGUAUACCAGCAGGUUCCAUCUCAGAGGUCAUUACUACACACGCCGACUUGGCACCGACAUUCCUCUCUCUCAUCGGUGCACCUCAGCGAGCAGACUUUGACGGAGUGGUCAUACCCCUCACUAAAAAGGAACAAGCCAAGGCCAAAGAAUAUCGACAUGAACAUGUCAAUGUCGAGUUCUGGGGGAUGGCUGGUUCUGAGGGCAAAUUUCCCUACCACGACAAGGAUGGUGAGAGCUUUUUCCUAAGAAAUAACACUUACAAGUCAAUCCGCAUUGUUGGCAAGACGUACAACUUGUACUACUCGGUUUGGUGCCAUGGCGAACAUGAGCUGUACGAUCUGCAGACGGACCCAGGCCAGCUACGAAACCUAUUGGAUGCAGAGAUUGCACAGCCAGCUGAACUCCUCGGGUACCCGCUCGACUCUGUCGUCGCACGACUUGAUGCUCUUCUCCUAGUGGGAAAGACGUGCAAGGGCCUGGUUUGUUCUCAACCUUGGAAGACUCUUCACCCUCAAGGAGAUGUUAAAAAUUUGGGGGAUGCUUUGAGCCGUGAAUUUGACCAAUUCUAUGUGAACCAGCAACCCAAGGUGUCAUUUGGUUGGUGUGCGGGUGGACAUGUGCUGGAUGCUGAAGGUGUGCAGUUUGAGAAGGAGGGAUUAGCUUACUGGCGGCCAGACUGGAGUAACUGGGUAUGA